GUGUUCUGAAGUUUCUAAUUUGGAUACUUUUUAAAAGACAAUACUUUUAAUAAGGAUAUCUGGAUAUGGCCAAAUGUAAGAAACACUAGUGUCUGAAGUGAGAAGCAUCCGAGUUUAGUGCCUGAGACCCUGGAGAGGCUCAUGAAUAUCACACUGGAGACAAGAAUUGUCACUGUUGCUCUCCCUGUGGCUUCCCCUUCCCUCUGUUGCUCACCUGAGCAUUCACGCAGGCAGCUACAUUUAUUGGGUGCCCUCUGUUUGCCAGGUAGCUGCAGAUUUGUCAUCGUGGAAAGAUGACUCUAGUUAUCUCCAGGUCAGACACCUAACUAUAUUAACUUUGGGACUGGCCCAAAGAUGCUUUGUCCAGGUCUCUGCAUGCAAUUGGCAUUCAGCAAAGGCUUAGAAGUUUGGAUCGAGAGGUGGGACAGCCCCCCAAUUCCUUCUAAUGGUGAAAUACGGAGCGGACUGAAGCCAUAAAUGACGAAAGUGUUAAUAAUUUUAUGGUUUUCUUUCCCGUCUCUUCCCAGCUAUGCCCGGGAGUGAUUCUGGAGACCUUGACCCUUUGCUGUCAGGACAUGACUUUUGAAAUCCAGGCAAUGUCCCAGGUGUCCUAGCAAGGGCACAGCCCAACAGAUGGACACAUCUUUCCCUUGCCUUGUAGACCAUGAGCAGCCACGGCAACAGCCUGUUCCUGCGGGAAAGCGGCCAGCGCCUUGGCGGGGUGGGCUGGCUGCAGGGGCUGCAGGACAGCAUGCAGCAGAGAGCACUGCGCACGCGCCUGCGCCUGCAGACCAUGACUCGAGAGCACGUGCUGCGCUUCCUGCGCCGGAAUGCCUUCAUCCUGCUCACGGUCAGCGCCGUGGUCAUAGGGGUCAGCCUAGCCUUUGCUUUGCGCCCGUACCAGCUCACCUACCGUCAGAUCAAGUACUUCUCUUUCCCUGGUGAGCUUCUCAUGAGAAUGCUGCAGAUGCUGGUGCUGCCCCUCAUUGUCUCCAGCCUGGUCACAGGUAUGGCUUCCUUGGACAACAAGGCAACAGGGCGGAUGGGCAUGAGGGCAGCUGUGUACUACAUGGUGACCACGGUCAUUGCGGUCUUCAUUGGCAUCCUCAUGGUCACCAUCAUCCAUCCUGGGAAGGGCUCUAAGGAAGGGCUGCAUCGCGAGGGCCGCAUUGAGACCAUCCCCACAGCUGACGCCUUCAUGGACCUGGUCAGAAAUAUGUUUCCACCCAACCUUGUGGAGGCCUGCUUCAAACAGUUCAAGACACAGUACAGCACGAGGGUGGUGACCAGGACCGUGGUGCGGACAGAGAAUGGGUCUGAGCUGGGUGCCUCCCUGCCGCCUCCGUCCUCAAUGGAAAACGAAACCAGCAUCCUGGAAAAUGUCACUCGGGCCUUGGGCACCCUGCAGGAGGUGCUCAGCUUUGAGGAGACCGUGCCUGUGCCGGGGUCAGCCAACGGUAUCAAUGCCUUGGGCCUCGUGGUCUUCUCUGUGGCCUUUGGGCUGGUCAUUGGUGGCAUGAAACACAAGGGCCGGGUCCUGAGGGACUUCUUUGACAGCCUCAAUGAGGCUAUUAUGAGGCUGGUGGGCAUCAUCAUCUGGUAUGCACCUGUGGGCAUCCUGUUCCUGAUUGCUGGGAAGAUUCUGGAGAUGGAAGACAUGGCCGUCCUUGGGGGUCAGCUGGGCAUGUACACACUGACUGUCAUCGUGGGCCUGUUCCUCCACGCUGGCGUUGUCCUGCCCCUCAUCUACUUCCUCAUCACCCAUCGGAACCCCUUCCCCUUUAUUGGGGGGGUGCUGCAGGCCCUCAUCACUGCCAUGGGCACCUCUUCCAGCUCUGCAACCCUGCCCAUCACCUUCCGCUGCCUGGAGGAGGGCCUGGGUAUAGACCGCCGCAUCACCCGAUUUGUGCUGCCGGUGGGGGCCACCGUCAACAUGGAUGGCACUGCCCUCUAUGAGGCCUUGGCUGCCAUUUUUAUUGCUCAAGUCAACAACUAUGAGCUCAACCUGGGCCAGAUCACCACAAUCAGCAUCACGGCCACAGCGGCCAGCGUUGGGGCUGCUGGCAUCCCCCAGGCCGGCCUGGUCACCAUGGUCAUUGUGCUCACAUCUGUUGGGCUGCCCACGGAAGACAUCACCCUGAUCAUAGCUGUGGACUGGUUCCUGGACCGGCUUCGCACCAUGACCAAUGUGCUGGGGGACUCCAUUGGAGCGGCCGUCAUUGAGCACUUGUCCCAGAGGGAGCUGGAGUUGCAGGAGGCUGAGCUCACCCUCCCUAGCCUGGGGAAGCCCUACAAGUCACUCAUGACACAAGAAAAGGGGGUGUCCAGGGGCCGGGGAGGCAACGAGAGUGCCAUGUGAGGGGCCUUCAGCUCUUCUCCAAGGCAGGAAGGAAGGGGACUGGGGAGGGGACCCUGAGGACAGUCUGCUGCUCAGCCGACCCUGGGCUGCACACACGAGUUCUGCUCGGCUUCUUUGUGAGAGGGACUAAGAUAAAGGAGCAGGAAUGAAAGCUGUUCAGGGUCUGUGUUUGUCUCAGAGCACAGGCUGAGAACUCGAGAGAGGGAGUGAGCCAGGAAGGGGAGGAAAAUUUUCUCCUGGGUUUUCGGGGGAGAGGAGGCUUCAGGUUCAACAAGAAGAAAGGUCACCUGGUGUUCUUUCUUGUCUCCAGGACUGGUGGAGCUGAAGAGGGUAAAGAAAAACUGUACUGUUUCUCAUAAUAAAAAAAAUAUUCGUGGCCUUUG